GUCGACUUCAUUGGCGUUGAUCUGCUUCAAGUGUAUAAUUUUAGCAUGCUUCGCCGCCGUCUUAACACGCCUGGCCUUCCUGUCACCGGGGCAGGUUGCUUUCUCAUUCCAGGUCCUACGGGAAAAUCAAUAAAAUCCGCUCGACUUGCUAAGUACAGGAAGCCAAGUGGUACAAGAAUACGCAAAAGAAAAGAAGUAGAUGUACGGAAAUAUUCGCCUUCAGCACUUAUGGUUGAUGAAAUUAUACACAUUUCUGAUCCUAGUCAGACAGUAGCUGACGCUUCUGCUCCUGAAUCGGCGUCUAAACAGGUAGGUGUUUCAUUUAAUCUUCUUUAG